AUGGCCCAAUCGCAGACCGUCGGCCUGGACACCCUUGCCGAGGGCUCGCAGUAUGUCCUCGAUCAAUUGCAGUUGUCGCGCGAGGCCGCUGCCACAACCGUCAGCGAUGAUACGCCCUCAGACUCCUUGAGAAGCUCGCUGCCCAAAUCGAAAGACCAAUCUUUCUACCGCGACGACAAUGAUUCAGUCGCUGGCUCCAGGUACCAACCGCCGUUACAGCGAGAUCCCCUCGUGGAGGCUCGUUCUGCAAUCCGCAAAAAUUCGGUGUCGGCUCCCGUCCGGCGGAGAAUCAGUCGGGCGUGCGAUCAGUGUAAUUCGCUCCGGACCAAAUGCGACGGACAACACCCAUGUGCACAUUGCAUAGAAUUUGGAUUGACCUGUGAAUACGCUCGGGAACGUAAGAAACGAGGGAAAGCUUCGAGAAAGGAUCUGGCCGCUGCGGCUGCAGCGACCCAGCUGGGCAACGGCCAAUCGGCCCAAGAGAAUGGUGCACUGGUGGGGGAGCAUACGCCCCCGGAUCGGCGACGAUCGUCUCAGGAGGUCAACGGGAGAUUUGACGGGGCUUUCGACGCAGUUCAACAUCUGAAUCCUCCGUCACGACAGGUGCGGAAUUCUAACGCUCCGAGUAUGUCUGCGGUUGAGGAUGCGCAUUCAGCUCCGCCACAUUCGCAGCCAUCCUUGAGGGCCGCCAUCGACGUCAUGCACAUGAACCAUUUCAAUUCGUUGAACAACGAGUCGAAUCGUGCUCCCAUGCCUGUCGCCGAUCUUCGAUCCUUACCGACCUCAAUUCUAUCGUCGCAUGGGUUAAGUUCGGGGUUUGGUGAAAACGCAUUUGCGAUGGUGAACGCUCAGGAACCUAAUGCUUCCGCUUUGAAUCACUUUCGAAUUGGAAAUUCGGCCGAGAACCCCACGGCUCCGUUCUUGGGACUAUCGCCUCCUGCACAGUCUCCAGGCUGGCUGCCUCUGCCCUCACCAUCUCCCGCCAACUUCCCGUCCUUUAGUAUACCGUCAUAUUCGAGCACGUUACGAUACCCCGUGUUGCAGCCGGUGCUGCCUCAUAUCGCGUCCAUCAUUCCGCAAUCCCUCGCCUGUGAUCUUCUUGACGUCUACUUCACCAGCUCAUCCUCUUCCCACCUUUCGCCGUUGUCCCCGUAUGUGGUGGGGUACAUCUUCCGGAAGCAGUCCUUCCUCCAUCCUACAAAACCACGAGUGUGUAGUCCUGGUCUGCUGGCCAGUAUGCUCUGGGUCGCCGCGCAGACGAGUGAGGCUGCAUUCCUGACUUCUCCGCCAUCUGCUCGAGGGCGUGUCUGUCAGAAGCUACUGGAACUGACCACUGGCCUACUCCGACCACUGAUUCAUGGACCGGCAACGGGAGAAACAUCGCCCAAUUAUGCAGCCAACAUGGUCAUUAAUGGUGUCGCCCUCGGUGGGUUUGGAGUCUCGAUGGAUCAGUUAGGUGCGCAGAGUAGCGCAACCGGUGCCGUGGAUGACGUGGCUACAUAUGUGCAUCUAGCCACGGUCGUUUCAGCAAGUGAGUACAAGGCCGCCAGUAUGCGUUGGUGGACGGCAGCAUGGUCUCUGGCGCGCGAGUUGAAGCUCGGUCGUGAGCUGCCGCCCAACACUUCCCACACACGAGCAGACGGCGAGCGCGAGGGGGACACUGAAGGAGAUCCUUCGAAACGGCACCCUACAUCGUUAAUGGCAUCUAUGGGACUGGGACCUGGCAGUACAAACAUUAAUGUGACAGAGGAGGAACGAGAAGAACGCCGGCGCCUGUGGUGGCUCCUGUACGCGACGGACCGUCAUCUGGCUCUCUGCUAUAACCGGCCAUUGACGCUGCUCGAUAAAGAGUGCGGGCGUCUAUUGCAACCCAUGAAUGACGACCUUUGGCAAGCGGGCGAUUUCUCUACCGCCAGCUAUCGCCAGGUUGGCCCUCCCCUCGAGUGCACCGGCCACAGCAUGUUCGGAUAUUUCCUGCCGCUGAUGACUAUCCUUGGCGAGAUCGUUGACCUCCAUCAUGCCCGAAGCCAUCCACGCUUCGGCAUCGCGUUUCGAAAUAGCACUGAAUGGGAGCACCAGGUGCUGGAGAUUACUCAUCAUUUAGAUACCUACGCGCAAAGCUUAAAAGAGUUUGAGGCGCGCUACACCAAUAGCUUGACCCUGGCAAACGCGGAGAAUGAGCAGAUCGGAGAGGGCGCUCAUUUGGAUCAUCUCAGUCCGUCGGGUCGCUCCAGCAGUACGGUCGGAUCCCGGGUGAACGAGUCCAUUGUGCACACGAAGAUGGUUGUCGCUUAUGGUACCCACAUCAUGCAUGUUCUGCACAUUCUUCUGGCGGGCAAAUGGGAUCCGGUCAACCUGUUGGAGGAUCACGAUCUCUGGAUCUCCACAGAGGCUUUCGUUUCGGCGAUGAGCCAUGCCGUUGGCGCCGCCGAAGCGGCAGCAGAGAUUCUCGAAUUUGACCCAGAUCUCAGCUUCAUGCCCUUUUUUUUCGGAAUUUAUUUGCUGCAGGGUAGCUUCUUGCUCCUCCUGGCAGCCGACAAGCUGCAAGGUGACGCCAGUCCAAGUGUUGUCCGGGCUUGCGAGACGAUUGUUCGCGCACACGAGGCUUGCGUUGUCACCUUAAAUACUGAGUAUCAGCGAACAUUCCGCAAGGUCAUGCGCUCGGCUCUGGCACAGGUGCGAGGUCGGAUCCCUGAGGACUUUGGUGAACAGCAACAGCGUCGCCGGGAGGUGUUGGCGCUGUACAGAUGGAGUGGCGAUGGCAGUGGUCUCGCUCUUUGA